AUGAUUUCCUCCAAGGCUGAGUUAGAAGAAAUUGAAAAUAUGAAUUCUGCACAAAAUUUUGAUAUCUCUACAUUCUUACAAAUGCCUACUCACUUUAUGCCUCCAAGUAAUCAAGCAAUAAUGAUUUCUAGUAAUGGAACAGAAAAUUCAUCAUAUCAAGUUACAUUCUCAAACGAUGAAUCUUGUGAUGUUACUAAGUUGGACAAAAUUUCACCAGGUGGAUUAAAAAACAAUGAUGAUAGAAAACGUUCUCAUGAAAGGUCUACUGAAGUAAAUUUAACAAUUUUGCCAAAGAAAUCUAAAAAUGAUGAUGAAGAAAAAGAAAUGAAAUCAAAAAAUAAUGAACAUGAAUCUACCGUUACAAUUGAUAAUAUUCCAACUCUCCUAUCAACUCCAUUAGCUACCUCAACACCAUAUAUUAAUAAUGGAAGACAAGAUCCAAAUGUACAAAGUUAUAUGUUAGGAAAUGGGUAUUAUUCGAAUAUGACAAAUUAUAUUCAACAAAUUAACAAUUAUCCUCAUAUGCAAGGUAUUCAUAAUGAUGGAAGAUUUGAUUAUCAUGUAUAUAAUUCUAAUGCUUUAAUCUCAUCAAUGUCUUCUUCUUACCCUUCACCAUUUGACAGAAUUCCAGCACUUGUACAAAACAUCACUAGUUUUAAUAAUGGAGAUACAAGUAGUAAUAAUACUCCUGAUAAUGUUAUUAAAAAUGAUUUAGGAAAUUUAAAAAAUGAAUAUUCUCAGAGUCAACCAUUUAAUAAUGUUAUACCAUAUAUUAAUAAUAAUAAUGAUUCUGGAAAUGCGCAUAUAAAUAGAAAUUUUGUGUUACCACCAUAUGAAAUAUUUUGUACAGUUCCUGGAAGGACAUCUCUUUUAAGUUCUACAACUAAGUACCGUGUAACAAUUGCUGAAAUUACAAGAAGAAUAAAUCCACCAGAAUGUCUUAAUGCCUCCUUACUUGGAGGAAUUUUAAGGAAAGCUAAAAGUAAAGAUGGUGGUAAAAUGUUACGUGAAUCUUUACGCCGAAUUAAUCUUAUUCUUCCAGCAGGAAGAAGGAAAGCUGCCCAGGUUACUGCAUUUACCUCAUUAGUUGAGGAAGAAGCUAUUCAUAUGGCACAAGAUUUUUCAAAAUUAUGUGAUAAAGAAUUUCCAGCUAAAGUUAUAGGUCAAGAAAUUGUAAAUAAUGAAUUAAAUACAAAUGCUGAUUAUGAAAGAAUGCGGACAAUAUUAUCUUAUUCAAGAAUAGGUUUAAAAUUAGUUUGUGAACUAUUAAAUAAAGAUAAAUCUCCCAUAGCUUCAACAGCUGAACCAAUAAUUCUCGAUCCAUCUAUUCAAAGACCAUUAACACAUUUCUCAAUGUUAACUCAUGGUUUUGGUUCAUUAGCUUUAUUAGGAUCAUUUAAUGCUUUAAAUAAUGUUUUAAGUGAAGCUUCUAAACAUCUAGAUAAUCAUUAUAGACAAUCUCAAAUGAGUCAAAUGCAAAGUUUUGGUAUGCCUGUCCAUCCAGGACACCAUUUCCAACACCCAAUGAACAUUAGUUCUACUCAUCAAAUGCAGAGGAAUAUGGGAAUUCAAAAUACAGAGAAUCAUGUAAAUAUAAGAAAAUAA